GAUAUGUCUAUGACUCUAUCUGUAUCUCUAUGGUUGCACUUGGUAGGUCAAGCUGUCGAAAUUGUUGAGAAACCUUUCAGUAAAAAGCUUAUUUUGUACGGCUAACUAGGCUAAUCGAGUCGUUCCCGCUGUAAGUCAUUUCGCCAAUAACACAAUGACCCAGGACGGCCAAAGUAUACCACCAUUAGUGAUGUGGGCUCAAAGAAUCAAUAAGCUGUAUAUAACGAUUUGUUUAGAAGACUGUAAAGAUCCAACUAUCGUCACCAAAGCUGAUGAACUAUAUUUUAAGGGCAUUAGUGGAACAGACAAGAAAAUAUACGAAGUAACUAUAAAUUUAUUCAAAGAAAUUGAUCCAGAAAAGACAGAACAGUGUUUUGAAGGCAGACACAUUGACUUAGUUUUAUACAAAAAAGAAAGUGGACCUUUUUGGCCAAGACUUCCAAAAGAAAUUGGAAAAUUCCACUGGCUUAAAAAUGAUUUCAACAAGUGGCAGGAUGAAGAAGAAAGUGAUGAUGAAUACGGGAAUGGCAUGGGCCAAAGCUUAGAAGAUAUGGUUCGACAAAUGGGAGAUCUUGGAGGCAAAGAUAACAUUAAACCAAAUUUUGAUGAUAUAGUUCUGGAUGAAGCAGAUGGACAAGAUAGUGAUGAUGGUGACAUGCCAGAUUUAGAGUAAAACAAAAAUUUCCACACAUCAAUUUUAUAUAAGUGAAAAAUCCUUUAAUACUUUUUUACGUUGAAUAAUUAAAACAAUAGUUAGUAUUUAUUACUUACAUGUAUCAUUUCAUGUAAUUGUAGCUGACCCGAUUUUAUAAAAGAUUUUAAAAUAGUUUGAUUAGUUAAUUAAAAUAAAUUGAAACAUAAAAAAUAAUAAAGUUACACUUCAAAGUGCAAAAGUACAACUUUGUCCAGAGUCCUACUUAGUUUCUUAGCUGAAAGUUCAAGUGGUGAGCCGAAAAUUCAAAUAUAUUAGCCCUGUAUGUUGUAUACAAUUUUUCUUAUAUUUAUCAGCAUCAAAUAAAAUUUUCUUCUAAUUAUUUGCAUUUUACUUGAUACCCUUACAUUAAAACA